CGUCGGUAUUUAGUUGGAGUCUAUAAAAUUUAUCUGGAAUCUAUUAUUACAAUAUGCUACUAAUAAAAACACCAGAAGUAUCAAUCAAUGAUUGUGUAAUAAGUACCUUGAUAGGUGCAUAUCGCCUCCUGUGCAUGAAACCUACUUGCCUAAGCUAACGCGAAACAAUACAAUCGCGCGGGAAACCAAUAAUUAUGAAAAAAACGCACAUCCGUUUGUUUGGUAAUUUCCCAUCCCAGUUUUAAUCGUGAUUCCUAAAGAUAAUAACGUUCUAUUCGUGCUUGUAUUAAAAUAAUUACACAAUCAAUAGCUAGCAAAGAAAAACCCGCGAAUACUAAUCGAAAUUUUCAAAUGUCAAGGGCGCCAUUUUGAAAUUUGACGUCGAAAAGAGCGGGAAAAUGUUCUCGGCUAGUGCAGCAGUGGUUGCGUACGUAACUGUGAUUUUUUUAACGGAAGUCGCUCCGUGGACUAUUGAUCUGCCGGAAGUAAGGAGGUUUUAUUUCGAAAAGUAUUCUAAUAUUGAUGAGAAAGUGCCGAAGUUGAAUGAGAAUCAGGCUUUUUUCGAUAAUAUCAAUGGGGACAGCUUGUAUAACACCGAUAGGAAACCGUAUGAGGAAAUAUAUAACAUCAUGCAGCAUGCGAAACAUUAUUACCAUAAGAGUGAACAGGACGACCCCAAAAACAAUUUGUACGCAAAUGCGUAUCAACAUGGGGAGUACAUGAUGAGAAAAGUAAGCAAGGGUGUCCUCCAGCACGGGUCUGCGUACCUGGACGGCUUGCGGUUGUCCGUUGAACGUUACAGGGAGGAGUUGGAAAACUGCACUAGAAACAACUUUACGGCGAAUUUCCCUCCAAACAUGACCACACCGCUAAGCAUCGGCAACUUCACCGGGUGGCGCGACUUCCAGACAUCAUGUCGUCGCGCGACGGAGGCGAGCGAGCAUGUGCGCCGGCUCGCUGACCUCGCGCUGUGGGCCGCUAGGAGGCUACAGGACGUGGCAUACGCCGCCAAGUAUAGCAAAGAUGCCAGUAUGGAGGAAAACGAGCUGCUUCUCCGUCUGGCGUGGUACCUGGACAAGCUGGCACAUAUUACUGGCUACGAGCCCAGCCCUGAGCAGUUCUUGGCGGCGAAAACUGAAAAAACACCACCGCCUCCGAUCUUACCGGUCCUCAACCCGUUGAACAUAACAGAGGAGAUGAAACAAGCCCUAUUGAAGUGUCUGCAGGGAGACUCUAAGGUACCGGCGACAGAGCGCUGCGCUUUCCCCAACCCGCCGUCUAUUGCUGACGUGAUGGCAGCGUUAAGUAAUCCUGCUCUUAGAACACCUCCAACGACGCAACCACCAGCAGAGUUACCAAAAGCUCCAAUCGUAUCACCGAAACCGAGUGACAAUAACAGUUCCGACUUAAAACCGGAACUACUAGAUGCUGUAGCCACAGACAACCGAGAGCAUUUACCCUCCACUCUGACAAGACAAAAAUCCGUUAAAAAACGCUCCAUUUCAGACGAAACCAAUCCUUUAGUGAAAGCACUUAAGUAUUACGCGAAACAAAAGAUAUGGGAGCACUCCAACCCUAAAAGGACGAACGAAGAAGACCAAGACUUCUUAAAAUCGGGACAAUUCGACGUGGAAAACGAUUUGCGCGCCAAACACGUUCAAAAACGUUCCGUGCUAAUCAAAAACAACGAAGUUCACAUACCACCUCCUUUGCACAAAGUCAAAGCUGUAGUCCAUACAGUCGCGGAGAAAAUUAAAACUGUCAAACACGCUUUAGAGAAAGCGUACGCUAAAAAGAUUCAUCCGCCUUCAGCACACGUGACACAUUACCAAGCUUUUAUUCCGAAUCCCCACCAUCAUUUCGAGGGAGGUUUCAGACGUAAACGGAGUAUUUACACACCAAAUACUUAUUACGGUCAAGUUAUACAGCCGCGAGUACCACUAAAUCCUCAGAUGGAUAUCAGUUAUUACGUUAAAAACAAAGAGGGGACGGAAUAUAACGCAAAUUUGGCACAAGCUGCUUUAUUGCGGGCGUCUUUAGAAGCAGUGUUUCAGAGAGGAAAUAUAGCUGUGGUCCAUAGAUAUGGGGCUAAUUAUAACCCGGCUGUGCCGCUCCCUUUCUACGCGGGCAUAUUGAGAUCUACGGGCGAUAUCUGACGGCAGUCACUGUGAUUUUUGUUGUAACGUGAUAUUCGUUUACUUGUGCACAAGGUAUAUUGGCGGGUAAAAUUAAAUAAAAAUAUUAAGAUAGUA